AUGGCAUCUGGAGGAUACGCGCACAACCCGAAUGGGAAUUGCCGCCUGUGCAAGGAUAAGGACAGCGCGGACGAAUGGAUGGUCGAGUGCUCAAAGUGUUGGAACUGGUUCCACAUGACCUGCACCAAACUUGAGAAAAGACCCUCCACUAAGGACCUCUGGCACUGCCCAAAGUGCAAAGAGGAAAUAAUGGAGCUCCAGCAACUAAGAAAGGAGCUGGAGGAUCAAAAGAAGAAGACUACCAGGAGUGUGUCCAAGGAACGCGGACCAGCAGACACUGUAGAGCUGCUAAGACGCCAAUUUGAGGCACAAAUGGAAAGCCAAAAAUUGCGUGAUGAGGCAUUUCAAAAAGCCAUGAUUGAGAUGGCAACCAAAAUGCACCAAGUAAAAAUGGACCCCGAAGCGGGACAACAAAUGGCUCCGACAAUCAAAUUGCCGGAUGAAAUUACAAACUUACUGAGGAGGCAAACAGCAACACCCCUCCCAGUUUUCAACGGAAAUUACAAGGAUUGGCCAAAUUUCAAACGGCUUUACGAACAAAGCAAACGAGAAGGUCAAUUCAGCGAUACCGACAACAUAAACAGACUUAUGGCAAGUCUAGGCAAGGCAGCAAAGGUACACGUAAGUGCCUUGCUGAUGGAUCCAGGAAACGAGAAACAUGUAGUAGAAACUCUGGAUAGUAUUUACGGACAACCGUUGGCUAUAUACAACGAACUAUGGAAGGAUUUGGCAAAGUUACGGAACCCACGCAUGGAAUACCCUCAAAGCAUGGUGGACUUCGUAGUGACUCUCGGAAAUUUGGUGUCCAACAUGUCCAUGAUACAGUGUGAGGAUUAUUUAACUAAUCCGUUGCAGAUGGCUGAACUUGUUUGCCGCUUACCACUGAACUUAAGAGAACAAUGGGCGGACAAGGAAGCAGAAGCAAUGAUUCCGCAAGAAGGACGACCACGGCAAAAACUCACACUAAAGGAAUUACACGAGUUUUUGAAACCGCAACAGCAAAGAGCAACACUUCUUAUUGCACAAAAGGUGUGUCAAUCUGAGAAGGAAAACCCGAAAAAUGAGCGCCAAUCAAGAGUCAAUAUGCACGCUGAAACAACAUCCAGAUCCCAAGCCAAAUGUUCCUGUUGUAGUCAACAACACUGGAUAGUAGCAUGCCCGGUCUUUAAAAAGAUGAGUGUGGAAAAAAGACGAGAACUGGCACUAGAGAAACGCAUGUGCUUUAACUGUUUACGCCAAGGACACUCCUUUAGAAACUGUCAAAUGAGGCCAAACUGCAGAACAGAAGGAUGUACAGCAUAUCAUCACACAUUUCUUCACGUCAGACCAAAAACAAAUGAUGAAAAACGAGCCUCCCAAAAGGAGGAAACAAAACAAAAAAUCAAGGAACCUUCAGGACAAUCAAAAGACAACAAGAAGAACCAAGAUAAGAAGGAAGUGAAAGAAAUAGAUGCGCAAGCUCCAACAUCGUCCACCUCGAAGGAACAAGAAGAUGUGCGCACUAACAUACACGCUACCAAAAGAAAUAAGGUCUACUACCAAAUACUGCCGGUUACACUUUAUGCGCAAGGAAGACAAUUAGAAACCUUCGCAUUUUUGGAUCACGGCUCAUCGAACAGUCUAAUCCUCGACGACUUGGCCAAAGAUUUAGGUUUGCAAGGGCCAGUAUCACCAUUAUGCAUAAAAUGGACAAAUGACUCCGUACACGAAGAUAACGAAAGCCAAAGCGUAUGUUUCAAAAUAUCAGGCGACAACAAAAUUCGAUACCAAAUGGAAAGUGUACGUACAGUAAAAAAAUUAUCCUUGCCACGACAGACACUUGACUACAAGGAUCUUCAUGACAACUACAACCAUCUUAAAAACCUUCCUAUUCAAGGAUACGAGAAUGCUGAGCCGACAUUACUUAUUGGACUUGAUCAUCCCCGACUAUUAACAGCAACAAAACAGAGAGCAAGCAAAGUCGGUCCAGUUGCCGCUAAAACACCAAUAGGAUGGGUCAUUUACGGAAGGACCAACUCCCGACAUCAAGGAGAAAUAUAUUCCUGUGUAGUAGAGGAGCAAGACUCACUACGAGAAGAAAUGAGGAAAUACUUCUCAACGGAAGAGUUUGGCGUUAAGGUUAGCACCACUAACCAACAGAGCGAGGAGGAUAGACGAGCUGAAAAAUUGAUAAAAGAAACAAUGAAGUAUGACGGGAGUCAAUACGAAAUUGGCCUUUUAUGGAAACAAGCCAGGCCCAUAAUGCCAAAAUCAGAAAGCUUCAAGGGAGCAUUAAAGAGGUUAGAAUACACUGAAACUAAGAUGAGGAAAAACCCUGAGUUUGCCCAAUGGUACACGGACAAAAUUAAGGAAUACGUUGAAAAGGGAUACGCACGAAAAUUAACAGCAAACGAGAUAACACUAACAACCGAUAAAACAUACUAUUUGCCUCAUUUCGCUGUCGUAAAUCCUAAUAAAACACCUUUAAAACCGCGACUUGUAUUUGACGCAGCUGCCAAGGUACAAGGAUUAUCGCUCAACACUGAAUUACUCUCUGGUCCCGAUAACUUGACAUCGCUCUUUGGAAUUUUACUGAGAUUCCGAGAAGGAAAGUGCGCAGUAGCAGGAGACAUCCAAGAGAUGUUCUCACAAAUUAAAAUACGCAAAGAGGAUCAGGAGGCUCAACGAUUCUUAUGGAGGGACGGUAAGGCUUCAAAUACCAUGGGACACUACGUAAUGCAGGUAAUGACGUUUGGAGCAACCUGCUCACCUGCAUGUGCCCAAGCAGUAAAGAAUGCAAACGCAGAGAACUACCGAGAUUGCGAUCCGGUGGCAGCGAACGCCAUUAUAAAACAACACAAUGUUGACGAUUAUCUGGACAGUUUCUCGACAGCGGAGGAAGCCAGUGCAGUCACGUUCGGAGUUAUAAAAAUUCAUGAAGCUGCACACUUCACACUAAGAAACAUCAUUUCAAACGAUGCCGAAAUGCUGGACGUUCUACCUGAACGCAACGUCGCGAGACAAUCCACCCAAAAGGAAUUUAUUGAAAAAACUGCAACAUCAGAGAAAGUCCUCGGAGUAUACUGGGACACGACGCAAGACACAAUUGGGUAUAGAAUAGCAGACUUCAAGUCCAACGCCAUACCGACCAAAAGAGAAGUCCUCUCAACAAUUGCCAGAAUCUUCGACCCUCUUGGAUUAAUAGCGCAUAUUACGAUUGGAGGUAAAUUACUAAUGCAACAAGCCUGGAAAGAAGGUAUAGACUGGGAUGAGAAAAUAUCUACGAAACUAAUGGAAGAUUGGACGAUUUGGACAAAUAGACUAUCCACAAUAUCAUAUCUGAGAAUUUCUAGGUGUUUCUCUCCCAACAUACCGGACGCAAAAUCAUUGGAAUUGCAUAUCUUUGUUGAUGCAUCAGAAUCAGCGUUCGCCGCGGCAGCAUAA